UCUCUCUUCUUCUCCGUUAUACUCUUUGUCUCCAUGGAUUCGAGACCAACCACGAUUCUCCUGUGUCCUCCGGUGGGAGGCAUCAACAAUGAGAACGUCGCCGCCGCCGGCGGUGGCGUGUACUUCGACUCCUCCAGCCUCCGGAAGCAGACCAGGAUUCCCAAGGCGUUCGUAUGGCCACGGAGCGACCGGCAGGUCGCCAUCGAGGAGCUCGACGCCCCGGUGGUGGACCUACAUGGCUUCCUCCACGGCGACGAGGCGUCCACGCGGCGGGCCGCGGAGCUCGUCCGGCUCGCCUGCGAGCGCCACGGCUUCUUCCAGGUGACCAACCACGGCGUCGCCGAGCAGCGCGUCCGCGACGCCAUGGACUGCACCGACGCCUUCUUCAAGCUCCAGCUCCCCGAUAAGCUCCGCGCCCGGCGGAAACCGGGAAGCUUGUGGGGCUACUCCGGCGCCCACGCCGACCGAUUCUCCUCCAAGCUCCCCUGGAAGGAAACGCUCUCCUUCGGACACCACGACUCCGACGAGAGCAUUGUCGUCGACUACUUCGCCUCCACCAUGGGUAAAAACUUCGACCGCAUGGGAAAAGUGUACCAGAUGUACUGCGAAUCGAUGAAGAAGCUGUCGCUGGCGAUCAUGGAGCUGUUGGCCAUCAGCCUCGGGAUCGAGCGGUCGCACUACCGCGAGUUGUUCGAGGAGGGGCGUUCCAUAAUGAGAUGCAACUACUACCCGCCGUGCCAAGAGCCGGAGAUGACGAUGGGGACGGGGCCUCAUUGCGAUCCGACGGCGUUAACGAUUCUGAACCAGGAUGAACAUGUUGGCGGCCUGGAGGUGUUCGCCUCCAACAAGUGGCAGGCCGUUCGGCCCCUACACAACGCCCUGGUCAUCAACAUCGGGGACACUUUCAUGGCACUCUCGAACGGGAGGUACAAGAGCUGCUUGCACAGGGCCGUGGUGCACCGGCACAGGGAGCGCCGCUCUCUGGCGUACUUCGCGUGCCCGAGGGAGGACAAGGUGAUACGUCCGCCGGCGGAUCUCUCCGCCGGCGGGAGGUUGUACCCUGACUUCACGUGGGCGCAGUUCGUGGAGUUCACCCAUUACCAUUACAGAGCCGACGUCAGGACGCUCCAUACCUUCGCCAACUGGAUUCAGUCCUCCUCCGCUUCCACGGCAGCAUGAAUUCCCGGCAGCCGGCGUCGUGCUGUAUAUCUCGGGGUGCAGGCGACGCUGCUCAUUUUUCUUUUUCUUUUUUUCACUCUUUAUUUUUAACUGCGGAGAGUAGUAAAUAUGUCGUGUGAAUGAUUUGUGUCUCGCAUUAGAAAUUAGGAUCGUCUUCCUUAACUAGUGUUUGUUAGAGCAAUCGUUGGCUUGUUCGUUGCAGUAUUAAUUAGGAAUUAGGAUCGUGUUGCUUAGGUAAUUAAUUAGGUUGUUUGUGCCCCUGUUCUAAUCAUUUUAUUCUCGUUAUGUUCCAAUCAAUGAAGCAUUCGGCCAUCUUAGCUUCAA